CGUUGCCUUUUGACGUAGUUUACAUUUCGGUUAUCAAAUCGUUAACAAUUUAAGAGUGGAAAAAUUGUAACAUAUUUUUGAAUGGCUAAAAAAGGAGGAGUUCAACAGUUGCAGGCUGAAAUCAACACGGAUGAGGAGUUCGAAAAAUUUUUAGAGCGAGACGGUUUAUUGGUUAUGGAUAUCUACACGGAUUGGUGCGGUCCAUGCACUGGAAUGGUGGGCAGUUUAAAGAAGAUAAAACUUGAACUCGGCGGUGAUAAUCUCCAGCUGGCUGUAUGCAAAUCCGAUGAUAUAGAAGCAUUGAAACGAUUCCGGAACAACAGUGAACCAACCUGGCUGUUUGCAUCGCAUGGAAAAAUUGUUAACCUCAUGUUCGGUACCAAUGUGCCGAAGCUUAUUAAUCUGAUUACGGAAGAGCUGGACAUUGAACUGAAAAGUCGCGCCGAAGAGGUUGAACGGAAAUACUAUGAACUGCACGAGUUGACUCCGGAGGAGCAGGAACGGGAAGAUGCUCGACAGGCUAUCGAACAAGAAGCCGAAAGAAUUGAGAAGGAAGCGGCCAUCAAAAAACGUCGAGAUUAUAUCACACAUGUAACAGAUGAAAUAAUAACCAACAUUCCCGAUAUGGGUAUUUCCUUAUUCAUGCCACACGUUCAUAAGGAAGUGUUCAAGAAAAUAAACGAACAUGCCGAGAAGCAUGAUUUACACUUCAAAGAGAAGCGAUUGGUGCACUUGAAUCCUAAAAUGCUCGAAGUGCUACACUUCGAUUGUGAGAAUCAACUUGAUGAGGAAGUUUUCGAGCAAAUCUUCUAUAAGGAUGUUCAAGCUUAUGUCUGGAAGCUACAAGAGGAUGUAUCUCGCACACCGGAAGAUGUCAUCGGAGAGUUUGUGCAGUAUUUAACGACCGCCAACGAAAUUGUUGACGCCGAUGGAAAUGUGGAAAAAACAAUUCCGCCCAUGAUUGAACCGCUAGAAAUGAUCUACAACCCAAACGAUGGUAGUUGGACGAUUGUGAACAAACGAGUCUCAAAAAGAACUUCUAAAACAGUAACUUUACCUGAACCUUCGCCAAGCACAUCUUCAAAAGAAACGGCUGACGAGGAAAAUUGUGUUAAGAUGUACAUACCGGGUGUAUGGAGUCCAACCAACCGAAGAGCGACUGCAGCAUUGUUCUAUUUACUAUUUCGACAUUUGACAGACCAUUUUUUGCCUCCAGACCCGAUACCAGAACCACCCCAUAUUUGUAUCGUGUUUGACGCUUAUAAAAAACGGGAUGUUUUCGAAGUAGUUGAUAAGUACAAACGUGAUGUUAUGGCAUACGGUUAUUUCACUACCGGAGAUCCCAAAUCAGCAGAGCUUAUUGCUAAGACCACCGAACGAUAUAGUCGACAGAAACCGAAUGUAAACGAUAAGUUGAUUUUAAAGGUAUCAAAAGCUACCAGCCACGCAAUGCUGGGUCUGACGGCUGUAGGGCCGUGCUACAUUAGUCAAAACGCUGUCGAAGGUCAAGAGGAAUGUGCUGUGCUGUUCCCACCGAGUUACAAUAACAUCGAGGAAGAGACCGGGGCUGAAGAAACGAAAAAGAAACACAAAAAGAAACGUCGCGGGAAAAAAAGUGAUACCUCGAUUGGAUCAGAUUCUACAACAUCGUCAACUCCUACCACAGAGCAGGUCAUCGACGCACAGAAUGAAGGUGGAGAACUGGGUGUUAUUGGAGAAGGAUCCAACGAAGAGGAAGGUGAAACAACAUCUUCAUCGAAUAAUUCACCCGAAAAAACUGGUGGAAACGACGAAAAUACCGAAGAUGAAAAGAAAAGCUAAGGACGUUUUCGGAUUAUCAACUCCGUAUCAAAAACAAGCUUGUUCUAUAAACAAAUGCAAAACG